UGUGCCCCGGCCCCGUGGUCCCAGCCCUGAGCGCGGUGCGGCCCGGGCGGGCGCGGCUGCACCCUCGGUCUUCUCCGAGCCUUCACCUUGCAGAUUCCCUAUGGAUCGCAGCUCCAAGAGGAGGCAGGUGAAGCCUCUGGCAGCUUCACUUCUAGAAGCUCUCGAUUAUGAUAGUUCAGAUGACAGUGAUUUGUCCAUGGAAGAGCUGAAUGACAUGGACGACUAUGACAGUGAGGAUGACAAUGACUGGCGGCCCACUGUGGUGAAGAGGAAAGGGAGAUCAGCGUCCCAGAAAGAGGGCAGCGAUGGGGAUAAUGAGGAAGAUGAGGAUGAGGGGAGUGGGAGCGGGGAGGACGAGAAUGAUGAAGGCCAUGACAAAGCCCACAGCAGUCCUGCUAGUGAAGCGGGCUGCAAGAAGAAGAAGAGUAAAGUACUUAGCAGAAACAGUGCUGAUGAUGAGGAGCUAACCAAUGAUAGCCUCAUACUAUCUCAGAGCAAGAGCAAUGAGGACUCGCUGAUUCUUGAGAAGAGUCAAAACUGGAGUUCCCAAAAAAUGGACCAUAUUCUGAUUUGCUGUGUGUGUCUUGGAGAUAACAGUGAGGAUGCUGAUGAAAUCAUUCAGUGUGACAAUUGUGGCAUUACAGUUCACGAAGGUUGUUAUGGGGUUGAUGGAGAGAGUGACUCUAUUAUGAGUUCAGCUUCUGAAAACUCCACCGAGCCUUGGUUCUGUGACGCUUGUAAAUGUGGCGUUUCCCCCAGCUGUGAGCUGUGUCCUAACCAGGACGGCAUCUUCAAGGAGACAGAUGCUGGAAGAUGGGUUCACAAUGUCUGUGCCCUCUAUGUGCCUGGAGUAGCCUUUGGAGAUAUUGACAAAUUACGACCAGUAACACUAACAGAAAUGAACUAUUCCAAAUAUGGUGCAAAGGAAUGUAGCUUUUGUGAAGACCCCCGCUUUGCUAGGACUGGCGUUUGCAUUAGCUGUGAUGCAGGGAUGUGCAGAGCCUAUUUUCAUGUGACCUGUGCCCAGAAAGAAGGUUUGCUUUCAGAGGCAGCAGCAGAAGAGGAUAUAGCAGAUCCAUUUUUUGCUUAUUGUAAGCAACAUGCAGAUCGUUUGGACAGAAAGUGGAAGAGAAAAAACUACUUGGCUCUGCAGUCCUACUGUAAAAUGUCUUUGCAAGAGAGAGAGAAGCAGCUCUCACCAGAAGCCCAGGCAAGGAUCAAUGCUCGGCUUCAGCAAUAUCGUGCCAAGGCAGAACUAGCUCGAUCCACCAGACCCCAAGCCUGGGUUCCAAGGGAAAAAUUGCCCAGACCACUCACUAGUAGUGCUUCAGCUAUUCGUAAACUGAUGCGGAAAGCAGAACUAAUGGGGAUCAGUACAGAUAUCUUCCCAGUGGACAAUUCAGAUACUAGCUCUAGUGUGGAUGGAAGGAGGAAGCACAAGCAGCCAGCUCUCACUGCUGAUUUUGUGAAUUAUUAUUUUGAGAGAAAUAUGCGCAUGAUUCAAAUUCAGGAAAAUAUGGCAGAGCAAAAGAAUAUAAAGGAUAAAUUAGAGAAUGAGCAAGAAAAGCUUCAUGUGGAAUAUAAUAAGCUGUAUGAAUCUUUAGAAGAACUACAAAACUUGAAUGGGAAACUUCGAAGUGAAGGGCAAGGAAUAUGGGCCUUACUGGGUAGAAUUACAGGGCAGAAGUUGAAUAGACCUGCAAUUUUGCGAGCACCCAAGGAGAGAAAACCAAGCAAAAAAGAAGGAGGUACACAAAAGACAUCUGCUCUUCCUACAGUGCUUUAUAGUUGUGGAAUUUGUAAGAACCAUGAUCAGCAACUUCUUUUGUUGUGUGACACGUGUAAACUCCAUUAUCAUCUUGGCUGUCUGGAUCCUCCUCUUACAAGGAUGCCAAGAAAGACCAAGAAUAGUUAUUGGCAGUGCUCCGAAUGCGACCAGGCUGGCAGCAGUGACAUGGAAGCAGACAUGGCCAUGGAGACUUUACCGGAUGGGACUAAGCGGUCCCGGAGGCAGAUUAAGGAGCCAGUGAAGUUUGUUCCACAGGAUGUGCCCCCAGAGCCCAAGAAGAUUCCAGUAAGAAACAAGAGAACCAGAGGUCGGAAACGAAGCUUUGUUCCUGAGGAAGAAAAACAUGAGGAGAGAGUUCCUAGAGAGAGAAGACAAAGACAGUCUGUAUUACAGAAGAAGCCCAAGGCUGAAGACUUAAGAACCGAAUGUGCAACGUGCAAAGGAACAGGAGACAAUGAGAAUCUUGUCAGGUGUGAUGAGUGCAGACUUUGCUACCACUUUGGCUGCUUGGAUCCUCCUGUGAAAAAGUCUCCUAAACAAACAGGCUAUGGAUGGAUAUGUCAAGAGUGUGAUUCUUCAUCUUCUAAGGAAGAUGAAAAUGAAGCUGAAAGAAAAAAUGUAUCUCAGGAGCUCAGACUGGAACUGAAAAAUCCAAAGAAAUAAAAGAUUUUCUGUAGUGUUUUUGAAAAUUUUGAAACUUAGGUAAUAGCAGAUGAAUUUCUAAUUUGUAAUAUGUUAAAUUGUAAAAUCUUCCUUACAAAAUGUUUUCAAUAAAGUUGUUGAAAUAGG